AUGAUAUCGAGUGGUCAGAUGAAGGUCAGCGUACUGCAGUUUGGGUUUUUGACCCUCUUUGUGGCGGCCUUCCCACUGGGACCUCUCUUUGCCCUGAUUAACAACAUACUGGAGAUCCGAUUUGAUGCCGUCAAGUUCACAACACAGCUUAGGAGGCCAAUAGCAGAGAGGAUUCCAGACAUAAGCAUCUGGUACAGUGUUUUAUAUGGCAUUUCUAGGAUAGCCAUUAUUUCAAAUGCUUUCAUCAUUGCCUUGACGUCUGAUUUCAUCCCUCGUCUUGUGUACGAGACAUCGUACAGCAAAACGGGUGGUCUGGAGGGCUACAUAAGUCAAACACUUUCCGUAUUCAACACCUCAGAUUUUAGCGAAUCUCAUCGCCCAGCCUUUCCUGGCAGUGAAAAUGUUGAAACUUGCUUCUACAGAGAUUUUCGGAAUCCCCCUGAUGCUGAUAAACCUUAUGAAUACUCACAGUUGUACUGGCAUAUCCUGGCUGCAAGGUUCGCUUUUGUUGUGGCAUUUGAGAAUGUUAUCGUGGUAAUAACUGGCCUGAUAGCUUGGUUAAUACCAGACGUCCCAGAGAAACUCAAGUUACACAUUCGCAGGGAAGCGUACAUGAGUAAUGAAAUCAUCAUCAAGACGGAGCUCCUCCGAGCUAAAGGGGAACCCAUUACGGAGGGAGAGAUCGAGAAAAUCAUCGAGGAUGAAAAUCAGCGAUAUAAAACAAACGAAAUGGGAAGCAUGGAACUGGUCCAUCGAAAAUCGGCAUCACCAGAGGCAGGGGAUAGUAAUGUUGUCUAGCAAAAUAUUCAUCUUAGACUAAUUUAAUUAAUAUGUGUGUUUAUAAACAUUGGCAAUGUGUUAUUGUUUAGAGCUGAUCUGAAUGACGGAUAUAAUUUUAUGGAAGAGGUUUUGAACUGUUAUUUGAUGGCAACUUUAUGAAGAAAAAAAGUGUGCUCAUGUUUUUAUUUCUUAAGAUAAGGUUGUACAUUUACAUUUAAAUGCAGCAUUUUUACCCCACUAUUAAAAUUUCUUUUGGAAGAAUUUUCCUUAUAAUUUCUUAUAUAAAUUUCCUUUCAUUCUAAUAAUCUUUAGUGCGAAAAAUGGGUCCUUAUCUCAAGUGCUGAUGGGCUCAUAUUUAUAAUUAUAAGCCUCAAUAUCUCAAUCUCAGUGAGAUGAACAAAAACCUGUGAGAUAUUCGAAUGUUCAAAACAAUGCGGUUCAAGGGUAUCCCAUGUUAAUCAUACCAAAACCCUACCCCACAUAGUCUUUCUAUUUAUCUACAUGUAUUACCAUUUAUUAACAUGCAAGUCAUGUAUAAUAUAAUUUUUCUAAUCUAUGUACCGUAGAGUAACAAGGCAUUAAUUGUGUUUCAAUAUGUUUCAUUUUUGAUGAACUGUGGUUCUAAACCUUCCAUCUUUCAAAGAUUUUUUUUCCCUUUGUGAAAUCUUUUUCAUUGGAUUUUAUUGUGAAUUACAUUUAUUGACAGUGUUUACAUGUAUGACUGAGUUAUGUUGCCUUGUUGAGUUUGUGCAAGUUUUUUUUUUAAUUUUAGUUCAGCAUUUUUUUUUUCAUAGCAAUGCAUUGCAUUUUCCCAAAGCACCUUAAAGUUUAUUUUUUAUU